AUGGUGAGGCAACCAUCCAGGAAUGGAACCUGUUUUCUACAGAAAGGAACACGGAGCCCUGACGAAGACCAGAAGCUGAUUGCUUAUAUAAAGAAAUAUGGCAUUUGGAAUUGGAAUGAAAUGCCCAAAUAUGCCGGCUUGUCGAGAUCAGGGAAGAGUUGCAGGCUUCGUUGGAUGAAUUACUUGAGGCCUAACAUAAAGCGUGGAAACUUCACCAGGGAAGAAGAAGAAACUAUAGUCCAGCUGCAAAAGAUGCUAGGAAAUCGAUGGUCAGCAAUUGCAGCAAUGCUUCCUCAAAGAACUGACAAUGAUAUAAAAAACUACUGGAACACUCGCUUGAAGAAAAGAGUAGUACUGGAGAACAAUUCAGCAUCAGCAACUACACCAGCUACAGAAAUCAUUUCCGGUAUCAAAUCUGACGCUAAUUCCUUAUUCCUCGAUACUUUGUUGGGCUCACCAAUUCCUAAAUUGGAGGACUUCCCAGAACCAGCCACUUGCAUUUUUUCUGCAUCAGGCUCGAACCAUGCUGCCGUGGUGGAUAACACUUGCACCAUGGACGACAAUUUUGUUUCAUCUGAAAAGUAUUGGAAUAUACAGAGUUUUUCGGACAACGAUUAUUGUCAAGCUCUGUCACCAAAUUCUCAGCUGUGGCUCUAUGAACCCAUAUAUGAAUGUAAUUCCAACUAUGAUCCUGUCGAUGAUUUCUGGGACAGUCCCUUUAUUUAG